GAACAAUCCCAACGCUGCUCAUGCUCCCUUCCCUGGCGUUUUGGCAGGUUGGCGCGAAGAUUUGCAGGGCAAACAGCGACGUGACUCGCUGACAUUAGAGCGCGAUGUUUACGUCACGACCAAUUACGGACAAGUGCAAGGAUUUAAAGUCUACAUGUACGACAAUCCCGAUCCGAAAUCUUUCUACAGACCCUACCAUUCGACCGUUGACCGAGUGAUGGGCGAAUGCUCAGUUUUCUUGGGCAUCCCUUAUGCAUUACCACCAACCUUCGAGGGUCGCUUUAAGCCACCACGUCUACACCGUGGAUGGCAGCUAUUGCAAGCCGUUGACUAUGGUCCGGCGUGCCCACAACCAGUACGAUAUACAGGCGUCACCAAAGGUAUUACGGACAUGGAUGAAGAUUGUCUCUACUUGAACAUAUUUUCACCAAAGACAGGUGCUGGCGUGGCGCAAAAGUAUCCUGUGAUGGUCUAUAUACACGGUGGAGAGUUCAUACGUGGUGCCUCUAACCUUUUUCAAGGUCAUAUACUCGCGUCCUUCUACGAUGUUGUUGUAGUUACGAUUAAUUAUAGACUUGGUGCACUUGGUUUCUUAUCGACCGGUGAUGAGAACUCACCAGGCAAUUAUGGGAUACUAGAUCAAGUAAUGGCUCUAAGGUGGAUUUAUGACAACAUUGAAUUCUUCAAUGGUGAUCGCGAGUCGAUUACAUUGUUUGGCCCAGGUGCAGGUGCAGGAUCUGCCGGUCUGCUAAUGGUUGCACCGCAAACUAAAAACAUAGUGAAGAGAGUUAUUGCACAAUCGGGAGCUGCUUUGGCGGACUGGACACUUAUUCAAGAUAAAUAUCGUGCACAGAAUACCAGUCGCGUAUUGGGCCAAUUGCUUGGCUGCUCCAUAGAAUCGUCAUGGAAACUGGUUAACUGUCUUCGGACUGGACGUAGCUUUUAUGAGCUGGGCAAUGCAGAAUUCCCACCGCAAGUAGGUACGUUUCCUUGGGGGCCGGUGCUGGACCACAACUUCACGGUGCCUGCCGAUGAUUGGUAUGAGGGUUGGCGUGAAAAAGAUUGGAAAUUCUUAACGCAACCUCCGGAAUAUCUUAUUCGACAAGGGCAUUUCAAUCGUGGAUUGCAGUAUAUGACAGGUGUAACGACUCAAGAGGCAGCUUUGUUUGUAGGACAAAAUGAGUCUUUAGCACCAUAUUACGAAAUUGAUGCUAAAUUCUUUGAUCAAAAAAUCCGCGAACAUGUCUUCCGGUACAAUUACACACUAAAUCCGAAUGGCGUUUACGAGGCUAUCAAAUACAUGUAUACAUAUUGGCCGGAUCCCAACAAUAGUACGGUGAUACGUGAGCAAUAUAUAAAUAUGCUUUCUGAUCUGUAUUUUCGAGCACCAGUUGAUAAAAUGGUUAAAUUACUAUUGGAGCAGCGCGUACCAGUCUAUAUAUACGUGCUCAACACAACAGUGGAAGCAUUGAAUUAUCCACAAUGGCGAAAAUAUCCACAUAAUAUAGAACAUUAUUUCCUUACUGGCGCUCCAUUCAUGGACAUAGAAUUCUUUCCUAAAAGGGAACAUCUCCAGCGCAAUAUGUGGACAGACAACGAUCGAAACAUGAGUCAUUUCUUUAUGCAAACCUAUUCGAAUUUUGCCAGAUACGGUAAUCCCACACCACAACAAGUUUUGGGCAUCCAUUUCCAACGUGCGUAUCAAGGCGAGCUGCGCUACUUGAACAUCAAUACGACUUUCAACUCAUCAAUAUUGCUCAAUUAUCGACAAACUGAAUGUGCGUUUUGGACACAAUACCUGCCAACGGUAAUCGGAGUGCUAGUUCCGACUUAUCCGCCUACAACGGAGUUUUGGUGGGAGCCAAAAGAGCCUUUACAAAUUGCAUUCUGGACUAUGUCGGUAGCUUGUUUCUCCCUCAUCGUUUUAGUGGUUAUUUGCUGUAUUAUGUGGCGAAAUGCUAAGAGGUACACAAAAUUUACCAUAGCUAUAACUAGAAAACGACCGAUCAUCGAUAUUUAAGGCCGAACCGAAUCGAACUUUGACCCACCGAAACCAAACCGAACAUUUUAAGGGGCCCAAGUAAUAAACAAGCAAUGGCUUUUUAAAGAUGCAGAGUUUUUAUUUAAAAAAAGGAAAAAAAGUACAUAAGAAAGUUCGGUCAAAGUUCGGCUUUUUUUGCCGAAGCCGAACCGAAACCGAACUGUAUUUUUGUGGCCGAACAUGGCCGAAUUCGAAGUUUGGUCGUUCUCUAGUUAUAAUAAAUAUAUUGCAAUUAUUGCGCUCGAUUAUUUUUCUAUUUAAAUAUGCAUUACAUUUAACAUUGCGUAAUAUUGGCGGUGAGGGCUUCUGCUGUAUUCCUUUUCAUCAAGGCGAUACAUUAGCUCAAUGGCGGGGCACACGGUUGCCACAUUUGGUCACUUGUGACCAAAAUAGGUAUCUUUUUGAGUCCUUGGUAACUUGGCAACAUUUUUUUUCUUUGGUCACUUAUGGUAAGUUUGCCGUGUAUGUAUAAAGUCAGACUAAAAAAGUUGGAUUAAUUUGGUAUAUUGCACUGUGGUUGUGCGUCGCGAUGACAACAAUACUAGAAAUAAUUGCAUUAAACAAGCAACACAGCACUCAGAAAAAAUAAUUAACCACAUAUCGAAGAAAGUUGUCGCUGGGCAGUCUACUCGUUAAUUUAUCACAGUGUGGGGUGCCCGUCUUACGUUCAAUAUUUAUUGUGAUAUUUGGAUCGGGAUCCAUAUUGAUGGAUUUAAAAAUAGUGAUGGAUCGCGCGGGAAUGCCACAUGUUCAAUAUUUAUCGCGUCAGUAUUUACAUGUUUUUGAGUUGAGAGGUUUAAAGUCCAAUAGAUGAAGCCUGGAAAUCGUAUCUAUACUUUUUAUUUAGGGGAUUCCGUUAAACUCGUAAAGUCUUAAACCGGGUAAAACUCGUAAGUUUACGAGGCUUUUAUGGGAACACCCCCUUUUUGAAAAGGAGUAAAUAGGUGCGUAAAGUGGCUGUUUGACAGAUCAACCAGGAUUUUGUGAAGCAAUUUUUGUUUCGUAGUAUUUUCCAUAACAUCCCGCCAUCUUAUCUCUAUCACUCUUAAAUAAAAUACAGUUAGAAAUGCCGAAAAUUAGGAGAAAACCUAUGUCGAAACAGUUAGUGGAUGAAAUCCAUUCAUUUUAUUCGCGUAUUAUUUUUUUCAUUUAUUUUCAUUAUUUUAUCAUACAUUUUUGUAUAAAAGUUUCGAUCCCAACAACAAUGAAGUUUACGUGGUCGUUUGCGCAUCAAAUUUGCCUCGUAAAUUUACGAGGGACUCUUAAAUAGAGCUCCAUACAAAUUUUGACAGUUCUUUUACGAAGCUCUUAAAUUUACGAGGUUUACGAGACUUUUACGAGUUUAAAGGAAGACCCCUAUUAUAUGUGUGAUGAUACCACGUCUACUUUGUUCGAAAUGCAACGCGAAAUGCCGAGCCGUGAAUUGAUAUCACGAAAUAUGCCACACGUUCAAUACUUAUUGACAGAUCUUUGAUCCAUAUAUAGAGGAAAUGAAAAAAGGAGGUUCGAAGAGCAGUUUGUGCGGUGUAUUUGGGUUCUAUAGCGCUUCGGUAUAUGCACUUAAGUCGAUUUUUUAAAUAUUUUUUUUUGUUCUGAGGCUAAGAUCCCGUUCAAGAGACAAGAGCUUUAAGCAUAUUUUUAAAAUCGUGCGUUGCAAAAAUAUUUAUGUGUUGUUUUUUGUUUCAAAAUUUUUUGUUAUAUUCUCUUUUUCUUUCCACGUACGUAUACAGAGAUUCGAUAAAAAUGUAUGUAUUUAUAUACGUAUGUAAAUGUAUCUAAUAUAUGAGGCCUUGAGCGCCAGAGUAGCUUAACUGACAUUUCAAAAAAAGUUGAGGUGCACCUUAAAAAGCAUUACCAGAAUCGAAACGGUAAUAGCCCGAGGCCCGCCCUUUUGGUUUUAUUAUAUGUAGCAUCACGUAGGUGCAAUGAAUUUUUUAGUAAAGGACCGAAUUUAUUUUUUAUAGAUCCUUCUUUCUCAUAUAACUGAAAAUUUGUCU